AUGCCUGGAAAAUUUGUAUGGUUAUAUUGUGAUUUUAUUGUGUUGGUGUUUCAUUUUCUUUUUAUACUCGUCGAAGAAUUGGAUAGAUUUAUCUCAAUUAUUUUUGGGUCCAUUUCACUAUUCCUGCAGAUUCCACAAUUUCUCACUUCCAUAUUAUACAACCAACUAACAAGUUUACCUAAACUCACACUAUAUCGUCAUAUCACAUCAUCAUCAGUUCAACUAUGUAAAAAUCCAUCCAAUCAAAGUGAAAAAUCCAGUUCUUAUGGUUCAGCAGCUACGCGACUACGCUUUCCAGUCCGUGCAAAAGCUUAUCGUUUAAGAAAUAGUGAAGGUACUGGUGGUGGUGUCACGGGGCGUAUGAUGUUGCUUAGACGUUAUGUAUCAAGGUUACUCGACGAUGAGCGCCUUGAAUUGGUGUGGUCACAUGCUGUUGAAGCUCGAUUGUAUACUGAACGUUUAAUUCAAGAAGGUGUUAUGGCGUCAACGCAACAAGAUCUUAUAUCGCUAUUUGAAUAUUGGAAAAAUUCCGAUGAAACAGAGAAUAAAAUGAAAACUAACAUUGGUAUUCUAGAACUUGCUGUAUUUUGGUUAACUGAGGAACGAUUAGUUGAGAAAUUUUUCAAGGUGUUAGUACCAAGAUAUCGAUUUUAUGAGCGUGCUUAUACCAGUUUAUUUAAAAUCCAAGCUCCAGUUUAUCCAGUGAAAGGAAACGGUGGAUAUGCAUUUGGCAUUUUAGAAUUGCAUGGAAAUCCAUGGCCACCUGUUCGCGGUCACGGUAUUAGUGGAAGAGAUUUAUGUGCAGAGCCUUUCAAAAAUCGGUAUCUUAUUAACGUCCUACUGGAUGCUGCACGCAAAGCUACAGUUCAGCAGAAUACUGCUAAAUUGUUGACAACACCGCCCUCAUCAUCUUCGUCGUCAUCGCCAUAUGAUAAUGAAGUACAUCCAAUCAACUCGUGAUGUCCUUGCUAUACAUACACUAGUGAACUUAAGAACUAUGUAAAUAUUUGUGUGUGUGCGUGUGUGUGUGUGAAUUAAAGCUUCUACGAGUACUCAUAUUACUUUUUUACUCAUAAGUAUUUAUAUGUGGGAAGUAUAUAGAUAUAUCCAUUUUUCCAUAAAAAUGAAUUAUUGUGUACUUUUUACAUAAGUUUAAAUAAAUAUUCACUUUGACA